CAUGACGACUGUCAAUCACACGCCGAAGUUCCCGGAUGACCUCAUGACGCAGGAGCCGUUCUCGGAGUUGUCAUGGAAACCGCCAAUCAAAUUUACGUUGCAAAGGGCGAAGGAAUGUGCGCGACAGCGAGACGAGACUACAGCACUAAAAUUAAGCAUUGAUCAUAUGACACGGAUACAGGAAGUGAGUGUGACAGUGAAGAUGAGCGUUUUUCUGGAUGUCCGACUGAAACGAGCGAAUAAAGUUUAUCAUGAGGGGGAGUUGUGUGGUGUUGUGGUGAUCUGCAGUAAAGACCCGCUGCAGCAUCAAAGUGUUUCUCUCAGUGUGGAGGAACUCGUGAACACACACACACACUACAUACACACAGACAGACAAACAAACAGACACUCACACACACUCACUCACUACACACACACACUCACUCAGUAUACUCACACAGACAAACACACACUCACUAUACACACACAGACAUGCACUACACUAUACACACACACACACUCUAUACACACACAGACAGACAAACAAACACACACUCACUAUACACACAGACAAACACACACUCACUACACACACAGACAGACACACACACUCACUAUACACACACAGACAUGCACUACACUAUACACACAGACAGACAAACACACACUCACUAUACACACAGACAGACACACACACUCACUAUACACACAGACAGACACACACACUCACUAUACACACACAGACAUGCACUACACUAUACACACAGACAGACACACACACUCACUAUACACACAGACAGACACACACACUCACUAUACACACAGACAGACACACACACUCACUAUACACACACAGACAUGCACUACACUAUACACACAGACAGACAAACACACACACAGACAGACACUCACACACACACUCACUAUACACACACACAGUGUUUCUCCUAUCAGCUAAAACAUUCCUUGUGUACAUGAGAACACUUGUCAAUAAAGCUAAUUAAAAAAAAUCAUUUUCUGUAGGAAGUCUUGAAAUUUGUCUAUACAGGUUUAUUUCCUGUAUUUCUG